CAGUCUGCGUGGAGCCCGGCUGGUUCGUUUUUAGGACGAUUUGCUCUGGAUUACUUUCCCCUCUAUCUGCAAGUUGGUGUCGGUGAAAAGAGGAGGUCGUUUCCCUCCUUUUCUCGCACAUAGCGGGAACGUUUCUCUGCGCUUCGUCUCCGGCUGCGAGUCGCCUCUCACUGGGUCACCACUAUGGAGAACAACACGCCCAAUGGAGGCGACCGGCCCCAGCAUACUUCCGCGUCCACUGAGAGUCAGGAGACCGGCGUUCGGAGUUCAGCGAGCCAGGGAAGCGGCCCUUCUUCGCAUGCAAUUCCGCAAAGAGCGGCGCCUUCUGGGACGCACGAUGGCGAGGAAGGGGGACAAGGACACAGGGGCGCCUCGUCGAGAGGCGAAGCGACAGAGCCUUCAACCGGCACCACCUCGGGUGUCGACCGCGAGCGCGGAGAGCGAACGGCGGUGCCGGCGUCGAAGGACGCCUGGUCUUCUCUGCGUGGGAAGAUGUGCCUAGAAGAAAUGUUGUAUGAAACGUCGCAGAGGGCGAAAGUGUACAAUCGAAACCACUACGGACUGCUCGGCAUUCUCAAGGUCAUUCGAAUGACAGAUCCUGAUCUGAACGUCUUGGCCCUAGGAACAGAUCUCACUUCUCUUGGUCUGAACUUGAACUCUCCCGACUGCUUGUUCUCCUCUUUCGGCUCGCCCUGGUCCGACGCCCCCGCAGCUCGAGAUGCGGAGUCCUUGCUUCCGUCGUGCUAUCUGCCGCCUGUUCCUCCCACCUUCAAGUUGUCUCACUUGGAGAAAUUCAAUGAGCACACGCUGUUCUACAUUUUCUACUGCUGUCCAAGACUCCUCCUUCAGGGGUGCGCGGCAGCAGAAUUGUACAACCGGAGCUGGCAGUACCACAAGGAGUGGAAGAAGUGGUUUCUUGCAGAGGCCCCGUCGAGGGCUACCGGCCGCAGCUCAGCCGGCGCGGAAGAGGGCAAGGAAGGGAGUCCUUCUUCGGAGAGAGCCUGGGGGAGAGACAGUGACUCUGCGAGCAACAGAGGAGGUGCAGGGAAAGGCGCAGAGAAAGAGACAGGAAAGCGGCAAGAUGGAGACACGCAGGAGAACGGCGAGCUGGCUGCGGCAGCCGAAAAGGACCGCGUAGAGGAUACCGGCGUUGACGCGAAGGGCAACAAAGCUGCGUCUGGAAACUCAACAGACCUCCCGAGAUGGAUCUACUUCGAACCGGCGACGUGGAAUCGCAAGGAGUUUCGAGGGGUUCUGGACCCUCAGUGUUUCCUGAAAGCCGAGGAAGUUCGGCAAAGUGUGGAAGAAGGCGUCCGCCAAGUGCGCGCACAACAGCAACUGCAGCACCAGCAACUGCAGCAGUUGCAGCAGCAGCAUCAGCACCAGGUGUCUGUACAGCAACAAGUGUCUGCGGCUCAGCAUCUCCAGCACUUUUCCCAGAAGCCUGGGUUGUCGCAGCCUCAAAUCAACCAGCUAGCGGGCAUGUCGUUGGCUUCUCAGAACAGCGUGUCUGCGCACCACGCGAAUCCGGGGCAAAUCCAAGGUACAGGCGGCGGCAUUUCCUCAAGUCAAGCUGGGCAGUCUGGUGUGCCUUCCUGGUCUGCUGUCUCGUCAGGGACGGCAGGACCUUCCGCAAACACAGUGGGAGGUGGCGCGGGGGGAGGUGCCGCUGCGGGUUGUUGA